AUGCCUGAUAAGAAGAUUCUCAUUCUUGGAAGCGGCCUGGUAGCCAAGCCAUGUGUCGAAUAUCUCCUGCGCAACGAGAAGAACCAGUUGACAAUCGCUUGCCGAACUCUCUCGACGGCCGAAGCGUUGGCUUCCAAUCACCCUCGAGCCAGCGCCAUUUCUCUGGACGUGGCGUCUCCAGAACUAGAUAGCCAUGUGGCAUCUCAUGACUUGGUCAUUUCACUUGUCCCUUUCACCCAUCACCAGACCGUUGUGGAAGCUGGUAUACGGGGAAAGACUCAUGUCGUGACGACAAGCUACGUGUCUCCGGCAAUGAGAGAACUGGAGUCUGAAAUGAAGGCUGCCGGAAUCACGGUUCUGAAUGAAAUACAAUUGAGCUUAUACAUGAACCCCUUAGGCAUUGAUCAUCUCUACACUAUUCGUCUCAUCGACGAAGUCCACAGCAAGGGGGGAAAGGUACAAGCAAUCAAGGAAUUUCAUUCUUACGCUGGCGGACUUCCAGCUCCAGAGUGCUCUAACAACCCUCUGCGCUUCAAAUUCUCCUGGUCACCCCGAGGCGCGCUCCUUGCGCAACUCAACCCGGCGUCUUACCUCCAGAAUGGUCAAGUCAUUGAUGUUUCUCGCGAAGAUCUCAUGAAACAGGCCAGGCAAUACCACGUAAUGGAUUGUUACUCUUUCCUCGCAUAUCCUAACCGGAACUCCUUACCCUUCCGGGAGUUUUACAAGAUUCCCGAAGCGGAGACGGUCGUGCGUGGAUCGCUGCGGUAUGAAGGGAACCCGGCUUUUGUGGCGGCCCUGACGAAGCUUGGUUUGUUGGACACGCAGACACUGGAUUGGUUGGAGAAGGACAGCGGUGGGUUGAUGUUGCGGGAGGUUCUUGGACGGGCCGUUGGUGCUGCCGGGUCUGAUGAAGAGUCUCUAGUCUCACGCAUUGACGAGAUUUGCGACUUCCCAGACAUCGCGGAGAGGAACAGAAUCAUCGACGGUCUGCGAUGGAUCGGGCUUUUCUCCGAAAAGUCGGCGACUCUCCGCGGGAAUCUCCUAGACACAAUUUGUGCGGAGCUCGAAAGACUUCUUAGCUAUCAGUCUGGUGAAAGAGAUCUGGUCAUGCUCCAGCACAAGUUCAUUGUUGAAUGGAAAGAUGGAAGUCGAGAGACCAUCACAUCGACAUUGGAGCUUUUCGGGGAACCUGGUGGGUAUUCGGCCAUGGCUAGAACCGUGGGUGUGACCUGUGGCAUUGCCACCCAACUAUUGCUUGACGGGGAACCUGCUUUGAGUGUGCCGGGGGUGUUGGCGCCCUACACUUUGGAAAUCUGUGACCCCAUUCGCGAGAUUCUUGAGAAAGAAGGGAUUAGCAUGGUACAAAAGACACUCUGA